GGUCACAUGACUGCAGCCUCAGUAGCACCGGUUUAUCAGCUCUCACCCACAGACACAGCAGUUCUCUCUCUGAUAACGACACCGACCUUCCCUUCGUCCUCUUCCCGCUCUCCUAGCUCUGUUCUCGGGGGUUCAGAUGGCUCGGACCCCGCUGGUCGUCGUGCUGCUCUCAGCGCUGCUGUGUGCUGUGUCCGCCGGGGUCUUCUUCAACCAGAAGCAGCCCUGCUAUGUCCGCACACCGAGGAGAAACAACGACUUUGGGCUAAAGACCGCUCCUCGUCCUCAUGAGUAUUUAAACAUUAAUGAUCUGCCCAAAUCGUGGGACUGGAGGAACAUCGACGGCACCAACUAUGUGAGCACGACCCGCAACCAGCACAUACCCCAGUACUGUGGCUCCUGCUGGGCCCAUGGCAGCACCAGUGCAAUGGCAGAUCGUAUCAACAUUAAGAGGAAAGGAGCGUGGCCGUCUGCCUAUCUCUCUGUCCAGAACGUGAUCGACUGUGGUGAUGCUGGCUCUUGCCAUGGUGGGGAUCACAGCGGUGUGUGGGAGUACGCAAACAAACACGGGAUCCCAGAUGAGACCUGCAACAACUACCAGGCUAAAGACCAGAAGUGCAAACCUUUCAACGAAUGUGGCACCUGCACCACCUUUGGAGUGUGCAAUAUUGUAAAGAACUACACGCUGUGGAAAGUGGGAGAUUUCGGAGCUGUCAGCGGGAGGGAGAAGAUGAUGGCGGAAAUCUACGCCAGAGGACCGAUCAGCUGUGGGAUUAUGGCCACAGACACGCUGGAUGCCUACACCGGAGGUCUCUACUCAGAAUAUCAGGAGAAUCCUUUCAUCAACCACAUCGUGUCUGUGGCAGGAUGGGGAGUGGAGAACGGAGUUGAAUACUGGAUUGUACGCAACUCCUGGGGAGAGCCAUGGGGUGAGAAGGGCUGGCUCAGGAUCGUGACCAGUGCCUAUAAAGGAGGAAGUGGCAGCACAUACAACCUGGCGCUGGAGGAGGACUGCAUGUACGGAGACCCAAUUGUCCCCAAGGGCUACCUGUAGAGGAGACCAACGCGCACUGCACACUCUCCUAGUCUUCCUGACUCGGGCGGAGGGAAAAAGCUUUUUUUAUGCAAAAUGUUGAUAAGGGAAGUUUAGAUUUUUUUCUUUAAAGAGAUCUUUUUAAUCAUUUUUUUACAAUUUUGAUCAGGAAGUCACAUUUCAGUGCCACAGUCUUCCAGCUGGAUAUCAGACCUGCUUGAAUCAAUGCAGAGUUUCUGAUUUUAACUACAGUGAGGUCUGCCAUCAGUCUGAAACAUAUACAUUAAAGGGGGAGGAGGAGGGAAAUAUAUCAGUACGAUUAAUUUGUGUGCUCUAGCUAAAUGAAAGCAUGCUGAAUAUAGACUAUAAACCAUUAUAGACUCUGAGAAGGUGCAAGAAAUUCUUCAGUUUACAUUAAGGGGACAUAGGUGGCUUUUUGUAGUUUGGAUUUUUCAAUGCAUGAUGAUUCAGCCAAAGAACAAAGUGUUUAUAAUUUGUCCUGCACUGCUUCGACACUGAAUGUCUUCAGUGCGUGGUGUUAAUGUAUUGAUGAUGUUGCACUACGCUCUGAUAUAGGAGUUGUACACACAAACAUCUACUUUAAGUGUGCCUUACAUGAACUUGCAGUAAAGAGUUAUGCAAUUUGUUUUCCACAGUACAAUCGACACAUAAGAAAUUCAGAAGAAAUUGCAACCUUGGUUUUGUUUCAAACUUUGCCAAUAAACACAACACUGAACAGUGA